AUGGAUCUGAAACAAGUACUACAGUGCCCAUUCCAGAAACAUCUACACCAGGUGGAUCUACGUCACAAGGAUCUGAAACAAAUACCACAGAGUCCACUUCAAAAAAUCCUACACCAAGUAUACCUUCAUCAGAAGGAUCUCAAACAAAGAUCUGAAACAAGUACCACAGAGUCCAAUCUAGAAACCAGUACACCAACUAUAUCUACGACACAAAGAUCUGAAACAAGUACUAUAGUGCCCAUUCCAGAAACAUCUACACCAAGUACAUCUACGAUACAGAGAUCUGAAACAAGUACUACAGUGUCCAAUCUAGAAACCAGUACACCAACUAUAUCUACGACACAAAGAUCUGAAACAAGUACUAUAGUGCCCAUUCCAGAAACAUCUACACCAAGUACAUCUACGACACAAAGAUCUGAAACAAGUACUACAGUGCCCAUUCCAGAAACAUCUACACCAGGUGCAUCUACGUCACAAGGAUCUGAAACAAGUACCACAGAGUCCACUUCAAAAAAUCCUACACCAAGUAUACCUUCAUCAGAAGGAUCACAAACAAGUACUAUAGUGUCCACUACUACUCCAAGCAUAUCUACGACACACGGAUCUGAAACAAGUACUACAGUGUACAUUCCAGAAACUUCUACACCAAGUACAUAUACAUCACAAAGAUCUGACACAAGUACUACUGUGUCCAUUCCAGAAACCUCUACACCAAGUACAUCAACGACACAAAGAUCUGAAACAAGUAGUGCAGUUUCCAUUUCAGAAACAUCUACACCAGUUGUGUCUUCCACAACAAGGUCUAUAACAAGUACUAUUUCAGAAACAUCUACACUAAAUUUAUCCAAGACAACGACAUCUAUAGAGUUAACGUCCAGCAAAACAAAUGCAACAUAUACCACCAAUUCAGAAUCUGUUACCGUUGGACAAAACAUAACAUCACCCACAGUACCAGUCAUAUCAACUACUUCAACAACAGCCAGUACAACUAAAACCUCCAUCACACAGCUAACAACAGCUUUAGUGUGUGAUGGAGUAACUGUCACUAUCCAGCUAAAUGAAGUUACCAGUGAUCAGAUUACACUAGUAGUCAUCGCUCAGGGGGGGUUCAAUGGAGCUCUGUACAGUGUAACCUUGUCGAAUGGCACUGUCCUGUUAUCAUCCACACAAACACAAGCCAGUUCUCAGGUGACAUUUUCGAACCUUGUACCUUCCUUCCAGUAUCAGCUGUCUGUACGACAGUUAUCUUGCCCGCAGAAUAAGAUUUAUAACAUCAGUGUCUGGACAGCUGGAAAAAUAUUUGCUGCACAAAUUAGGAUAACAAGUUUAGAUUUCCAGCCAGAUUUUGAAAACACAAGUAGUCCGGUGUAUAAAAAUUUCACUGACAACUUUACACAACAGUUAAUAACAAAUCUGGAUGACAAUAGUAGAGGAUUGAUUAAUUCUGGGAAAAUGCGUAUCCACAUCACCAGCAUUGUACAAGGAAGCGUCGUUGUAAACUUUGACAUCAUCACGAAUACAGCCAACAACUUUACAGUGCAGAAUGUCUCCACCAUUAUUACAGAAGCAUUAAAUAAAAGCGUAACUCUUGAAAUAUCGACAUAUAACUUUCAAGUAUCAAACAGUUGUGCUACCGGACAAAAUGAUUGCUCGCAAUCUGCCACAUGCACGGCCACCAAUGGCUCAUAUACUUGUCAGUGUUUCUCAGGAUAUAACGAUACCAGCCCCAGUGUCCCUGGAAGAAUGUGUCAAGACGUUGAUGAAUGUGCAUCUAAUACUACUAAUACCUGCUCACCUUUGGCAACUUGUAAGAACACCCCGGGAAGCUAUGAAUGUCAGUGCAUCCCAGGAACGGUGGAUAAUAAUACAACCAAUCCUGGUAGACAAUGCACAGAUAUAAAUGAGUGUGCAAAUUCUACUUUAUACACCUGUUCGGCUUUUGCAUCUUGUACCAACACUCCUGGGAGCUAUCUGUGUCAGUGUUACCCAGGAUAUUCUGAUACCAAUACAACUAAUCCUGGACGACAAUGCAUUGAUAUAAAUGAGUGUGCAAAUUCUACUUUGAACACCUGUUCGGCUUUUGCAUCUUGUACCAACACUCCUGGAAGCUAUCAGUGUCAGUGUUACCCAGGAUAUUCUGAUACCAAUACAACCAAUCCUGGACGACAAUGCAUUGAUAUCGAUGAAUGUGCAUCUAAUACUACAAAUACCUGUUCAUCUUUGGCAACUUGUAAGAACACCCUGGGAAGCUAUGAAUGUCAGUGCAUCCCAGGAACGGUGGAUAAUAAUACAACCAAUCCUGGUAGACAAUGCACAGAUAUAGAUGAGUGUGCAAAUUCUACUUUGAACACCUGUUCGGCUUUUGCAUCUUGUACCAACACUCCUGGAAGCUAUCAGUGUCAGUGUUACCCAGGAUUUGUGGAUACCAAUACAACCAAUCCUGGACGACAAUGCAUUGAUUCUGUACCAUCAUGUUUCAACAACAGUGGGUUCUGUUCCCAAACCAGCUCAUGUACACCCUCCAAAGAUCUUAUAUGCUCAAGUAAACAAGCAUUUCCUUGUAACGUAUUGAUUAAAGAUGCAAACUUUACAACAGACCUAUUAAACACUUCAAGCCAAAACUAUCUGAACUAUGCAAAGGAAUUCACAGAAUACGUCGCAGGGAAUAUGACUGCAAUCCUGAACAGCUCUUUACAAAUUGUUGUGCUGGGUUUCCGCGAAGGAAGUGUACAUGCUUACACCAUGGUCAUAGUAAAUUCAACCAUUCCGGUUACCGAAGACGUCUUAAAGACGACUCUGAAUAAGGCAUUGCACACUGUGUAUCCAUCGUCAAACAUUGCAGUUACAGUGCAGAACGUUGAUGAAUGUGCAUCUAAUGCUACUAAUACCUGUUCACCUUUGGCAACUUGUAACAACACCCCGGGAAGCUAUGUAUGUCAGUGCAUCCCAGGAACGGUGGAUAAUAAUACAACCAAUCCUGGUAGACAAUGCAGAGAUAUAAAUGAGUGUGCAAAUUCUACUUUGAACACCUGUUUGGCUUUUGCUACUUGUACCAACACUCCUGGAAGCUAUCAGUGUCAGUGUUACCCAGGAUAUUCUGAUACCAAUACAACUAAUCCUGGACGACAAUGCAUUGAUAUCGAUGAAUGUGCAUCUAAUACUACUAAUACCUGCUCACCUUUGGCAACGUGUAACAACACCCCGGGAAGCUAUGUAUGUCAGUGCAUCCCAGGAACGGUGGAUAAUAAUACAACCAAUCCUGGUAGACAAUGCACAGAUAUCAAUGAAUGUGCAUCUAAUACUACUAAUACCUGCUCACCUUUGGCAACUUGUAUCAACACCCCGGGAAGCUAUGAAUGUCAGUGCAUCCCAGGAACGGUGGAUAAUAAUACAACCAAUCCUGGUAGACAAUGCACAGAUAUAAAUGAGUGUGCAAAUUCUACUUUGAACACCUGUUCGUCUUUUGCUACUUGUACCAACACUCCUGGGAGCUAUCAGUGUCAGUGUUACCCAGGAUAUUCUGAUACCAAUACAACUAAUCCUGGACGACAAUGCAUUGAUUCUUUACCAGGAUGUUUCAACAGCAGCAGUUUCUGUUCCCAAACCAGCUCAUGUACGCCCUCCAAAGAUCUUAUAUGCGCAAGUAAACAAGCAUUUCCGUGUGACAUAUUCAUUAAAGAUGGAAACUUUAGUACAGAUUUGCUAAACACUUCAAGCCAAAAUUAUACACAAUAUGCAAAGGAAUUCACAGAAUACGUCGCAGGGAAUAUGACUGCAAUCCUGAACAUCUCUUUAAAAAUUGUUGUGCUGGGUUUCCGCAAAGGAAGUGUACAUGCUUACACCAUGGUCUUAGUAAAUUCAACAGUUUCUGUUACCGAAGCACUCCUGAAGGCCACUUUGAAUGAUGCAUUGAAAACUGUGUUUCCAACGUCAGACAUUGCAGUUACAGUGCAGACAAUAUCUACUUCUGCUUCUGCUUCAUCUUCAAAUCCCACUCAGGACAAUCAAUGGAGGAUGGCUACAAUCAUUAUCGGUGUGCUACUAUCCGCAGCCCUGCUAAUAGUUAUCAUUGUGGUAGCUGUAUCUCUGUAUAUAAAGAGAAGGACUGGUCGGUACUCAACCAGUUUUGGCGACAACGUGAAAAUAUCUGCUUAUAAACACUUAUAAAAACAUCCAGUUAGUCUGACCUAAAAACUAUUGUUGUUUAUCCUCCAACGGGAAUAAAAUAUGUUCAACAUAUUAGAUCAUACAAAGAAAAAAAAGGAAUGUUUUUGCUUAAAAAUGUAUAAGGUAUGCUUAUUCAUUUUGUGUUAUUUACUGUAAUAAUACAGUGAAUUAAUAUGGUAGCACUUUAAGGAGGGAUGAAGACCCCACCAAAAAAUGAUAUGACCACCGGAUUAGUCGCUAGGUAACUUUCCCAGUAAUCAUGUUUCUUUACCAGGCUUUAACUAGCUAAAAUAAAACUGGAGGAUCAUAGAUAUUUCUGUAUUUUCAGAGCAGUGAAAUGGUGUUGGUUGAACCUGGACUGUUGCUGUUGCUGUUUAACGUAAAUUCAGGUGAAUAGGGUCAGGUGUAGUUAGACGUUAUAGAGGUGGGAUUCACGUGGAAAUCCUCAAUCAUUUUUUACCUCUUUGGAAACUCAACAGAUGCUGGACAUGUGGGUUUCUCACGGAAUUUUAUCCUAAAAUAUCAUUUUGCUGGUAAAGUUAUGUUAUCAUGUUAUAAUGCUAAAAGAAAUGUUUACAGUUUAAC